AUGGUCACUUCAUCGACUACACUCGAUCCAUCACCAUAUACUCCCUCCGACGCACCUGCACCCUCAUCACACAGUGUAUCGACGCGAGUGGGAGGCGAAGAUGAACAGGAUCUGAAGAAGAAGCUAUCGCAGGGUAGUAGAGAAGACGAAAAGGGAGCAUCGUCAUCUAAGGAAUACGAGGAAAGAGGUAUACAGGAGAUCGACGAUGAAGGUGCGAAGAGAAAGGUAAUGGUGGUCAUGGAGCAGAAGACUGGUAAAGAGAUUUUGAAGCAUGUCGAUGGGGGUCCAUAUACGCAGCCUAGAUGGAGACAUUCCCUGCCUUUCGUCAAACCCAAACAUCCCCCACCGCCACCACCUCUCACCCUGGACGACGCGAAAGUGACACCAGAAGUGACCGCCAAUUUCUGGGACACGUUAUUCUUCAAUUGGAUUAGUCCGAUGAUGGCUUUGGGUUCCGCUCGUCCAUUGCAAGAUACCGAUCUGUGGAAAAUGGACGAAGCUCGAUCAGCGAAACGUCUAGCAGAUAAGCUCCUGAUAUCUUACGCUCGAAGGACAAAAGCUGCCAACGAAUACAACGCGAGAUUAACAGAUCCAAAUACCCCUUUACCGUUCAGUAAACGAAUGAUGUAUCCUCUGUUACCCAAUCGGCAGAAGAGAGAAAAAGAAUAUCGAGAGAAGCAUGGAAAGAAACAUGCUUCUUUAGCUUUAGCCUUGAAUGAUGUUUUCGGUUUAUACUUCGUAUCAGCAGGUGUCAUCAAACUCUUCGGUGAUGCCUGUCAAGCCGUCACACCCUUGCUCAUUAGGGCUCUGAUCAAAUGGUCAACCAAUUGGCAGCUUGCCGAUACACUAGGAACCCCAAAACCUAAGAUCGGUAAUGGUGUGGGUAUGGCCAUAGGUUUGCUGUUGUUGUUGAUAACAUCCAGUUUGAGCAUACACCACUACUUCAUUCGAUCAAUGGGUGUCGGGGUGUUAUCCAGAGCAGCGCUCAUUUCAGGUAUAUAUCAACAAGCACUUCGAUUCACUCAGAAGUCCAGAGGUGAGAUACCCAAUGGUAAACUCGUCAAUCACAUAUCGACAGAUACAAGUCGAAUCGACUUUGCUGCCGGUUUCGCCCAUAUAAUCUGGACUGCCCCGAUCCAAAUGAUCAUCAUUAUUAUCAUUCUUUUGGUUCAAAUUGGUUAUUCCGCAUUACCUGGUAUUGCUUUCCUCCUCAUCAUGACACCAUUACAAGUGAUCUUCAUGAAGAACCUCUUCGCCAUACGUAAGAAAGCUGCAAGAUGGACCGAUAAACGUGCAAAACUCCUUCAAGAGAUCUUGGGCGGAAUGCGAAUCGUCAAAUAUAUGGCCUGGGAAAAUCCAUUCCUGCAAAAAGUCCAUAAUAUCCGAGGGAUGGAAUUAAAGUAUAUUCGAUCGCUUUUGACUUUCCGAUCUGGUAUGAUGGCAUUCGCCAUGGCCUUACCAACCUUGGCGGCUAUCAUUUCAUUCAUCACCUACAGUGCUACUUCUCACGACCUUCAAGCUGCUACCAUCUUCACUGUUAUCACUCUUUUCCAAUUGAUGAGGAUGCCCUUGAUGAUGUGGCCUAUGACAUUGUCAGCUGUUGCCGAUGCUCUCAACGCUUUAGGAAGAUUGGAAGUUGUCUUCGAUGCCGAACUGAUCUCGGAAAACCUGAGAAUCGACAGAACUCAGGAAGAAGCGGUCAAGAUUGAGCAUGCUUCUUUCACAUGGGAUGCUGCUCCGAUAGAAGACGAUGAUGGAAUGAUGAAAAAGCUAGAAGGAAGAUAUGGUAAAAAUCCCGGAGCCGGCAAACCUACACCUAAGUCCAAUGAGCCCAAGACUAGAGUCAAAGAUCAGAAGAAGAAGAGAAGGAUGUUCUGGAAUAAGAAGACCAAAAAGAUUACUGCAGUGGACGAAAUCGAAGCUGAGAUGGCCUCUGGUGGGCCUCACGAUGCAGAAGCAAGUAAACAAGCUGUUGGUCAAGGUGCACCUUUUGGUAUACCCGCUGUUGACGAAAGCAAGGAGAAGGAAGCUGUACCUGAAGCGAAGAUCUUCCAAAUCCAUGAUAUCGAUCUCAGUAUACCUAAAGGCUCUCUCACAGCUAUAGUCGGUGCGAUCGGUUCCGGUAAAUCGAGUUUGUUACAAGGUCUAAUGGGUGAGAUGAGAAGAACUGAAGGAAAAGUCACUUUCUCUGGGUCUACCGCUUUGUGUGCUCAAACUCCCUGGAUCCAGAAUGCCACAGUCAGAGAGAACAUCUUAUUUGGUCAACCUUGGGAUGAAGAACGAUACUGGGCUGCUGUACGAGAUGCCUGUCUCGAACCUGAUCUCGAACUCCUCGAAGAUGGUGAUGGAACAGAGAUCGGUGAAAAGGGUAUCAACCUUUCUGGUGGUCAGAAACAACGAGUAAACAUCGCAAGAGCCAUUUAUUUUAACGCCGAUAUCAUCGCUCUCGAUGAUCCACUCUCUGCUCUUGAUGCCGGUGUAGGUAAAGCGCUCUUCUUCAAUGCCAUCAUCGGUGCGCUCAACAACAAAACUCGAAUCCUGGUCACUCACGCUUUGCAUUUCUUACCAUAUGUGGACAACAUCAUCAUGAUGGAAGAUGGACACAUUGGAGAGAUGGGUACCUACAACGAGCUCAAGGGACGAGAUGGGGCUUUCGCAAGAUUGAUCAGGGAGUUUGGUAACGAAGAACAACAUGAAGAAGCUCUUGAAACUGAAGAGGAAGCUAUGAACUCAUCUGGUCCCGCUCACAAGUAUGAUCGAUCCAAGAUGGUAUCUAAAGGUACCGCCCAUGCCCUUAUGCAAGCUGAAGAACGAAACACCGGUGCCCUCAAAAAAGGUACUUUUUGGGCGUACCUCAAAGCGGGUAAUGGUGUCUUCAUGUUACCAAUCUUACUCGUCGCCAUCGCUUUCGCUCAAGCUACCUACGUGAUCACAUCUUAUUGGUUAGUAUGGUGGCAAGAGUACAAGUGGGAUUAUGGAAAUGGAUUUUACAUGGGAAUCUAUGCUGGUCUGGGUAUUUUGACCGCUAUCACGAUGUUCUUCCAAGGUUUCUCCAACGCAUUGAUCAACUACUUCGCUUCGGUCAGAAUCCACAAGAACGCCAUCACAAGAGUUAUGUUUGCUCCUCAGUCUUUCUUCGAUACCACUCCUCUUGGUCGGAUCAUGAAUCGAUUCUCCAAGGAUACAGAUACAAUCGAUAAUACCCUUUCGGAUGCUAUGAGGAUGGCAGUCGGUACAUUGUCCAACAUCGUCGGAGCUACCAUCUUACUUGCUAUUGUCGAACCUUACUUCCUUAUCGCAAUGGGUGUCGUGUCUUUACUUUACGUCCACAAUGCCGCUUUCUACCGAAGGUCUUCAAGAGAGUUCAAGCGUAUCGACUCGAUCCUUCGAUCUUCGCUAUACUCGCACUUCUCAGAAUCACUCUCUGGAGUGGCGACUAUCAGAUCUUACGGUGAAUCUGAACGAUUCUUCAAGGAUAAUGUCUAUCGAAUGGACGUCGAAAAUCGAGCUUACUACCUUACAAUCAUCAAUCAACGUUGGUUAGGUCUCCGAUUGGACUUCUUAGGCUCGCUCUUGUCGUUCUCCGUCGCAAUCAUCGUGGUCUGUUCACAUAAAGUAUCGGCUGCUUCUGGAGGAUUGGGUUUAUCGACCAUCAUCACUGUACAACAAUCUUUCUCAUGGUUGGUCCGACAAGUCGCAGAAGUGGAAAAUGAUAUGGUUGGUGCAGAACGUAUAAUGCACUAUGCCAAUGAAUUAGAUCAAGAAGCUCCUCAUCAGAUCAACGAAGUGAAACCUCCUCAAUCCUGGCCUGAGGAAGGUAAGAUCGAAUUCAAACAUGUCAAGAUGCGAUAUCGAGAAGAGUUACCCGAUGUUCUCAAGGGAUUAACUUUGAAUGUGGGAGCAUCAGAGAAGAUUGGUGUGGUUGGUAGAACCGGUGCAGGUAAAUCGUCAAUUAUGGUUGCUUUGUUUAGGAUGUCUGAAUUGUCCGGUGGAUCAAUCAAGAUUGAUGGUGUAGACGUAUCGAAAAUUGGUUUGAAUGAUUUACGAUCAGGUAUUUCAAUCAUACCUCAAGAUCCAUUAUUAUUCAGUGGAACAUUACGAUCCAACAUUGAUCCAUUUAAUACCAAAUCCGAUAUUGAGCUUUAUGAUACCCUUCGAAGAGCUCAUUUGAUAUCCAAUUCACCUCGUCAAUCAACUUCGAUUGAUGGUGAGAAUGAAAAACAGCAACAACAAGCCAAUUCGAAGAGGUUCACUUUAGAUACUGUCAUUGAAGAGGAGGGAGGAAACUUGUCAGUGGGAGAAAGAUCCCUCGUAUCUUUGGCAAGAGCUUUAGUAAGGAAUACGAAAGUAUUGGUGCUCGAUGAGGCUACGGCUAGUGUUGAUGUGGAGACGGAUGCGAAGAUUCAGGAAACGAUCAGAAAUGAAUUUAAAGACAAGACUUUGUUGUGUAUCGCACAUAGGUUGAAGACUAUUUUGAGUUAUGAUAGGAUUUUGGUCAUGGCUGAUGGACAAGUUGAGGAAUUCGAUACGCCUGAAAAUCUGUUCCUGAAAGAUGGUAUCUUUACUGAGAUGUGCGGUAAAGCAAGUUUGACUUUGGCUGAUAUCAGAGCUGCUGCUGCAUUACGGUUCUAG